ACUUAUAUGUCACUCAACUAUAAAAGAUGGAUUUUUAUUUUGGCUAAUUAUAAAGCACAUCUGCACAUGCUAUUGGUAUUGGUUUUGCUUUGAUUCCAAGUUAUACACAUGUUGUAUUUUAAAGCCAAAAGAAAAUUCCAAUCUUUUACGUGAAAUUGAUGUUUUGGCCAUUCCAUUCCUUUUAGAAUUGCUAAUAAAUUAAUUUGUAAAACAAGCUGACUUUAUUAUCAUUUCUGAAUUAACAAUUUGAUUACAUUUCACAUGUAUCUAGAAACUAGUUAAGUUUUAUAUGGGUUGAGGGAUGCUACCGGCGCUAAAAGUCAAAAUUAAAUACCACUAUCAUUUAAUUUCGAUCAACUACAAUGAAUUGAUGUAUUCUACAAUUAAUUACCAUAAAUCAGAAUUAGAUUAAAUUUUUUAAAAAUCGGCCAUAAAUAUAAUAGCACGCCAAUAUCUUUACAGGUGUACGCAUAUGAAUUAAAUCAUUGCUGACUCACCCCAUUUUCUGGAUAAUCUCCAACUCUCACGCGUCAAAUGUUUCCAUUCCAUAAAUCUUCUCGUCGUCGGUGUAUCAGUUUAUGAACUAUAUGUAUUAGUAGAGAGAGAGAGAAGGAGAGAUAGCAGUUGAACUUUUCAUAUGAUCGGCGACGAAUCUGUGUUCGAGGAGUCCGAUCAGAAUGUCGACGGUGUUGACUCCUCGCGCUGCUGCUUAUCUCGGUGCCGUCGCUCUCCAAAUUGAGAAGAAGCUCCAACGCGCUUUAGCUUCGGCAUCGCAGAGCCGAAACUUGUUGCAGGAGUUGUUCGCGGACAUAGCUUUGGAGGUAGAUGAUCGUGCUAAAGAUAUCAUUUUUGAUGAGGGAGAUGUAGUCUACGAUGCAGAAGAUAGAAAUGGUUGUGCAUACUGCUUCUACGACGUCCUCGCUGACUAUUUUGUAUGCGUGCCACGGAGUGGAGAUUCGAUAAUUGAUCUCAUAGUACAACUCUGGAGCCAGUCAUUUGCAUCUAAUAUAUUUUGUCUUUUGUUCUACAAGCGGAUGUUUGAGGUUAGGUUUGAUAAUCUUGAUGUCGUACUCCGUUACUCAUCUGCUCUAGUCCAAGGUGCUAAAAAUGUCUUCUGGACCGACGUUCAAACAAAUGCAAGGCGCUUUUCCAGUCUCUUCAUUUAUCUCGUCGAAGAAGUUGCUUUCCGUCCAGAGAGAUUAAAGAAGAUCUCCCCACAGGCUCAGAGGGACAUAUUUCUUCUUCUCUCAAGAUUCCUAUUUUUCUACGACACAGAUGACCGACUUGCAAUAUUAUUGAAGCAUUUUCCAGAUUUUCCAAAUGCUUUUUUAAUCGGUGGUCCACCAGACAUAUUUGUUAGUGAACUAGCUGAUCAGCUUCAGGAGUUGAAGGUAGAGCCGGUCCUUCUUCAUUACUUAUCUCAUAUAAAAGUUCUUCAAGGCCUAGAAAUAAGAGUAGCAACAAGUACAAGAUUAAAAACAUGCCUAUAUAGCUUCACAUCUCCUGGUGGUCCCAUGUACCCGACAAGAGAUGUUCGUCAUGCAGCGUGGGAUGCAUUAGACUUUCUUUUCCCUAUUGGGAGGUAUCCUCGGCACAUAAUCAGUUUCUUCUUUCGACUACUUUAUCCAUGGUACUGGCCCUCUUCUUGUUGGAACUUCGUACGUUCUUGUGUAAGAGCUAUCCUAUAUUCUGUGUUGCUAUUGUUGUUCUCUACCUGGGAAAGACUGACAAAAUCGAAACCAUCAUAGAUCAAGAUACCUAGUGGCCAAGUCGUGAAAUUUACAUGGGGAAUAUGGAGAAGGUAGGAGUAUAAAUAGCAUUGUAUGUUGUGCAAUAUGUAGUGUAACAGUUGAGCAUCUUAUUCAAACUCUACCAAGUUGACGCGUAAUUAUUAUAGAUUAAUCGACUCUUUGAUUUGAUUUGUGCCAGAAAUAAAUAAUAUCUUUCCAGCGA